GAAAUGAGUUAACAUUUUGACUAUGUAUUUCCAAACGCAUGAGGCUUUCGACUGGAUUACUCCUCUGGGGGCAGAAAAAUAUCUUUGGCUAGACAAUUGCAGUUUAAAAGCUGCCUGCCCAGUAUCUCUUAUCUCUUCCCUCCACCUUUUAGCUUUGUCAAGAAAGACCCACAAAUUAAGAAAAAUGCAUUCCUCAAUCUUUACACCGAUUUCAUCAUCUUCCCAUACUCUCUUGAGACCAAACAAUAGCCCUUUUCUUGGUAACUUUCUACCUUCAAAACCAUGCUUCUCUCUCAAGAAAAGAGCUUCUUUAGCUACUACCCAAGCUCUUCUUUCAUCUACCAAAGAAACAGUGUUAAAGGACUUCCAGGAACGACGAGCUCUCAAGAUCAUCUCAGGUUUGCAGAAUUUUGACAAAGACAAUGUUGCUUCAGUUGUUACUGCUGCAGACAAGGGGGGAGCCACUCAUGUGGAUAUAGCUUGUGACCCAGAAUUAGUUAAGCUUGCCAUUAGCUUAACUUCUCUGCCGGUUUGUGUUUCUUCUGUCUAUCCAGCCGCAUUUCUAGCUGCUGUUGAAGCCGGAGCACAGAUGGUGGAAAUUGGAAAUUAUGAUUCAUUCUACGACAAGGGAAUUGUUUUCUCUCCAGAGCAGAUAUUAAGUUUAACAAAGGAGACAAAGAGGAUCCUUCCAUCUGUGACAUUAUCAGUCACUGUUCCUCACACGCUAGCUCUCCCUGACCAGGUCAAGCUUGCAGAGCGAUUGGAACAGGAAGGUGCUGACAUUAUACAAACUGAAGGAGGGAAAUGUUCUAAUCCUUCAAAAUCUGGUGUUCUCGGUUUGAUCGAGAAGGCAACACCGACCUUAGCUGCAGCAUAUUCAAUUUCAAGAGCUGUGAAGAUUCCGGUUAUGUGUUCGUCCGGACUUAGUGCAGUAACAGCACCAAUGGCAAUCAUAGCAGGGGCUUCUGGUGUGGGCGUGGGUUCAGCAGUGAACAAGCUAAAUGAUGUGGUCGCAAUGAUUGCGGAGGUCAGAAGUAUUGCAGAUUCAUUCGGGCUCUCAGCUAAUAGUAGACUUGCCACACCUGAAGAGCGAGCUUUGACCUUGUAAUGAGGAGCAUUUACUUAGGACAACGGGACAUUUAGUCCUUCUGGUGAUGCAUUAAGUGUCACAAAUUCCUCCCAUGUCUAUUGAAUAGAUAGUGGAAUAGCAAUAUCAGAACCGAAUUCCUGCUUC